AUGGCAGCAAAAUCACUGUUAACGCCUGUGGCGCUCGGAAGCACCACGCUCCGGAACCGUAUCGGAAUGAGCGCGCUGACGCGGAGCAGGGCCAGCGGGACCGUACCAAACGACGUUAUGCGGGAGUACUACGUGCAGCGUGCGCGGGGCGGGGCGGGCCUGAUCAUCUCCGAGGGCGUGCUCAUCACUCAGCAAGGCACUGAGUGGCCCGAGGCGCCCGGCAUCUGGUCGCAGGCGCAGAUCGAUGGGUGGAAGAACAUCGUUGACGCGGUACAUGCGGAGGGGAGCAAGAUAUAUGCGCAGCUCUGGCAUCUUGGCCGACUAAACCAUCCAGCCGCGCCAGAGCAAAUCGCUGCAGGUGUUCCUGUCUAUGGGCCGUCUGCGAUUAUGGCGCGCGGCGGGCGGUUCCGACAUAUCCCAGGCGUCAAGGACUAUGUCGUGCCCACAGAGCUACCGGACCCUAAGACAAUCAUUGCGUUGUACAAGCAGGCGGCUCUGAAUGCCAAAGCCGCGGGUUUCGAUGGUGUCGAGAUGCACGGCGCAAAUGGCUACCUCAUCCACCAGUUCCUCGACUCCAGCGCCAACCAGCGCACCGACUCAUACGGUGGAUCCCCCAAGAACCGCACCCGCUUCGCCUUGGAGGCUGUCGCUGCUGCACAAGAAGUGUUUGGCGCUGACGUGUCCAUCAAGCUGAGUCCUACGGGCGGAAACAACGACUUGGGCAUGCCGCUGCCGGAGACGGUCGCGACGUUUGGCCACCUCCUGCAGCAGCUCGAGGCGCUCCCGACGAAGCUCGCCUAUGUCGCGUUCAUGCGGUACAACCCGCUCCACGACCCGAUAUACCCCGAUGCGGACGGAAAAACUCGUGCGACGCAGUUCGAUGUCAUCACGACGUUCAAGCCCUACCUCAAGCAGACGCCGCUGUGGGCCAACUCGGCGCUCUCACUCGAGGAGGCGCUGGCCUACGUUGCUGAUGGCACCGCGGCGGGUGUAUUCUUCGGACUGAACUGGAUCGCGCACCCGGACUUGGUCAAGCGCAUCGAGCACGGGAAGCCGCUUGAUAACCAGAUCGACUUUGCACAUUUGUAUGGCGCGGAGGGCGUUGAUCCCGCGCUGGGGUACACCGAUUAUAAAACAGCAGCGUAUUAG